CAGCCCGGGCCGAGCGACGGCGGAGAGCCGGGGCCUUCCCGCAGGUCUCGGCCCGGCCCGCUGAGGUUAUAUUAAGAGAAAAAUUUAAAAAGUGUUAAGGUACUGACAAAGUUUAGAAGAUAAUCCUGUGAAUGAAGAAAAGUGUUGGAACUGAAUUUAUAAAAAAUGGAAGGAUACAACGUGUUGAAAAUACUAGGAGAAGGAUCCUUUGGCAGAGCUCUCCUAGUUCAUCAUAGAAUCAGUGACCAAAAGUAUGUAAUGAAGGAAAUAAGGCUUCCAAUGUCUUCAUCUGGUGUAGAGAAUUCUAGGAAGGAAGCUGUUCUUUUGGCUAAAAUGAAACAUCCAAAUAUUGUUGCCUUUAAAGAAUCAUUUGAAGCUGAUGGACAUCUGUAUAUAGUGAUGGAAUAUUGUGAUGAUGGAGAUCUAAUGCAAAAGAUUAAACACCAAGGAGGAAAUUUGUUCCCUGAAGACACGAUCCUUCACUGGUUUGUGCAGAUGUGCCUGGCUGUGAAGCACAUCCAUGAUAAACGUGUGCUGCACAGGGAUAUAAAAUCCAAGAAUGUCUUCCUCACUCAAAGUGGAAAAGUCAAGUUGGGAGAUUUUGGAUCUGCACGCCUUCUUGCACAUCCAAUGUCAUAUGCUUGCACCUAUGUGGGAACUCCCUAUUAUGUACCUCCAGAAAUAUGGGAAAGUCUGCCAUACAACAACAAAAGUGAUAUAUGGUCUCUGGGGUGUAUUCUGUAUGAGCUGUGCACUCUAAAACACCCGUUUCAAGCCAACAGCUGGAAACAUCUCAUCCUCAAGAUAUGCAAAGGGUCCUAUGAUCCACUUCCAUCUCAGUAUUCCUAUGAGCUUCAUUACUUAAUAAAACAGAUGUUCAAGAGAAAUCCCCAGAAUCGUCCAUCAGCCAGUACUAUUCUUGCAAGAGGCUGCCUAACCAAACUUGUGAAAAAUUGUUUGCCUUCUGAGAUUGCAAAUGAGUUUGAGCAGAUAGUAAAGGAAACCAAGAAACCUAAGGGCAAUGCAGCAAGACAGAAGGGUAGUGUCAUGGCUGGGAGAAGCUCAAACAAUAAGACAGAAAAUAGACAAAGGAAAGAUGAAAGCAGCAAGCAUAGCCCCUUAGAAAGGAAAAAUGCUGAGGGUUUGAGUGAAGACACAAGGGAACAAAGGAAAUCUUAUCAAGAAGGAAGUACUGAUCUGUCACAUGCCCACAGAAGGCAAUGGGAAAAGAGGAUAUCCAAUACUGUGCUGGAUGUCCUGGAAAAUGCAUCCUUGCUUUCUUCCAGUUUUACACCUGAAGAGACUGAAAGUGGUGGUGUUAUAAACUACAGUGAAAAUAGGCCACGGAAGCAGUGGAACAAGGAACCCCCUCAGACCCUGAUGGACAUGCUCAGCAAUGCAGAUGUCAGCUUAGCAUUUAAAACAUACACAAUUUAUACACCAGCUUCUGAAAACAUAUUAAGAGGUCCACUUUCUGAUGAAAGCAAAGUGUCUGAUGAAGUAGAUGGUGAACAUGAAGCUGUUGUCAUAGAUUCUGAGAGACUUGAACCUAGAUCUGAUGAAGAUGACACGGACUUUGAGGAAGAUGAGCCAGACUGGGUGUCAGAGCUGCAAAUGGUAUUGAAACAGAGUGACUGAAAACCUGAAUUUACCUGUGAUGAGUGAAGUUAGGUGUGCUGGUGUCCAAGUUGUUAUUAAUAUCUAGUUAUUCAUUAAAUAAUUUCCAUGAAAAAAA